UAUGUACCACCAUGGCUGCUAGUUCUAGUAACAAGUCCUGGAAUAACAGCACGUUUACCAAUGGACAUGAGGUCGGGAGCCGUGCCAAGCCCAGCAGCCGGGACUCUGAACUACGGCAGGGUCAAAACUCUACCCUACAGAAAAAGGUUAAUGGUUUCAAGAAGCAGGCCCAGUCCCAUCACACUACACUUGACUUGUUGGAAGGUGAAGUCAAAGCCUUCUUGAUUGAUGAAGAUGAGCUGCACACGUUUGACGAUCUCACUAAAGUCAAUCCCGUGACCACUACAACAGUUCUGAAAUGUCUGCAUGCAAGGUAUUCUGCGGAUGUGUUUUACACUCAUGCCGGGUGUACACUUGUCGCUGUUAACCCUUUCAAGCACGUUCCCUGCCUCUACUCUCUUGACGUGAUGAAGGAGUAUCAUGUGGACCCUCAGCCCCAGGAUCUCAAACCUCACGUAUUCAUUCUUGCUGAACAAGCUUAUAGGAAUGUCCAAGGCCAGGUGGAGCCGGUAAACCAGUCGCUAAUAGUGAGUGGGGAGAGUGGAGCUGGAAAGACCUGGACGUCUCGCUGCCUCAUGAAGUAUUAUGCAACAGUCGCAGCUUCAUCAUCGUCCCAGAAAUGUCAGGAUAUGAUAGAAAGGAUAGAGAGGAGAGUGCUGGAGUCCAACCCAGUCAUGGAAGCCUUCGGAAAUGCACGCACCUUGAGGAACAACAACAGCAGUCGUUUUGGAAAGUACAUUCAGCUCCAGUUAAACAGAUCACAACAACUAGUUGGGGCUUCCAUCCAGACUUACCUGUUGGAGAAAACAAGGGUCACCUGCCAAGCUGCCAGCGAAAGGAAUUUUCAUAUAUUCUAUCAGGUCAUGAAGGGAGCCACUGAGCAGGAGAGGCUGCAGUGGAAGCUCCCAGGUGAAGCGCAGUUCUGCUGGCUGCCAAAUGCUGAUCAAAAGCUGGAAGAAGACUCUUUUGAAGUAACCAAAGACGCCAUGCUGCACCUAGGUAUCACUAGUCGAAUGCAGAGGCAGAUAUUCAGGAUACUAGCUGGUCUCCUUCACCUCGGUAACAUCCAGUUCUCAGCUCCAGCUAAUGAGUCUCAGCCGUGUGAACUGGACUUGCAAUCCAAAGGCUACCUGCAGACGAUGGCAGUGCUGUUGAAGGUCCCGCAGGAGGAGGUUCUGGCUCAGCUCCUGGUCCGCACCAUCAGAGCUGGGAGGCAGCAGCAGGUGUUCAUGAAGCCUUGCUCACAAACAGAGUGCGGCAUGAGGAGGGACUGUCUGGCCAAAGUCAUCUAUGCCAAGGUGUUUGACUGGUUGGUAACAUUCAUAAAUGGAAGCAUCUGUGCAAACUCCUCCAGGUGGAGCAAUUUUAUAGGUUUGCUGGACGUCUAUGGCUUUGAAUCAUUUGUUCUUAACAACCUGGAGCAGCUAUGCAUUAACUAUGCCAAUGAGAAGCUGCAGCAGCACUUUGUGGCACAUUACCUCAAGGCCCAGCAGGAGGAGUAUGCAGCAGAGGGACUCGAGUGGUCCUUUGUCAGCUACCAGGACAACCAGAGCUGUCUGGACCUAAUCGAAGGGAGUCCCACAAGCAUUUUCUCCUUGCUUAACGAGGAGUGUCGUCUGAACCGUCUUUUCGAUGCCAAGCAGUUUAAAACUCGUCUCGAGAAAGCCCUGUCCAGCAAUGCCUGUCUGAGCUGGGACAAGUUCAAAGAGAGCCCUCACUUCAUAGUGUCGCAUUACGCUGGGACUGUCAGCUACCAGAUUGAGGGCAUGAUGGAGAAAAACAAGGACCCUGUGCCUCUGGAGCUGAUUCAGCUGCUGCAGAAAUCGCAGGAUUCUCUGCUGCAGGAUCUGUUUGUUGAGCAAAAGGAACAAAACGACAACAGAGGCCAGAGCAAGGUCAUCACCGUUGUCUCCAAGUUCAAGAGUUCACUGGAAAGUCUGAUGCACAUUUUGCACAGCACCACUCCACACUACACCAGGUGCAUCAAGCCUAACUCUGACUGCAGACCAAUGACCUUUAAAAAAGAGGAGGUGAUUACUCAGCUAGAAGCCUGUGGGAUAGUCGAGACGAUUAAUAUAAGUGCAGCUGGGUUUCCUAUAAGGCUACCUUACCAAAGUUUCAUGGAUCGGUAUGGCCUGAUCCAAAACCCUCAGCAAUUGUAUCCAGUGUCCGGAGUUAAUGGCGCCUCUCCUGCUAAAAAGAAAAGCGGGCUGGGUGCUGUGGGUGCUGUGGAGGCUGGUGAGGAUGCCUUGGGUUCUGCUGUCCGUGACAUUAUCAAUGUUGCCACGUCAGGCCAAGCUGUAUCUUCCACAGUCCGUGGCCAGCCUGAGAACAAACCUAGCAGCAGCUUAUUAGUGCACUGUGGGAAAACUAAAAUAUUCAUGACUCAUUCCAUGCUGGAGCUGUUGGAGAGUGUCCGAAGCCAAGCCCUCUCCCGGAGAGCCUUUUGCAUCCAGCGCUGCUGGAGAAGGUACCUGCGGAGGAAGCAGGCGCGACAGCAGAGAGCUGCAACCAGAAUCCAAGCAGUUGUCAGGUCCUGGUUAACAAGAAGAUGGAUUGCAAGAAGGCACAAAGCAGCUCAAGUUAUUCAGAGGGCUUGGAGAACAUGGAGAACCCUGAUGGAUGCCUUGGCCGCAGCAGAGCUGGACGACACCAUGGAGCUUGAAGAGCAGCUGGUAUCUGUGCAGGGGUCUCCAGUGAGAGCUGUUAAAGGCUUCACACAGUCAUCAGCAGGCACACCUCAAGCCCGGGAGCCUAUGGUGGUCCAGUCGUGGCCCUUUGGCUUGGCCCUUUCUUCAGCCCCCUGCCUCAGCAUGACUGUCACUGCCAGUGGGCUGCAGAAAGUCAUGUCUCUCCUGGCCUGCUUAAAGCUCUCAUUCAGGAAUGCAAACUACAAAGUGGAGACCAACCAGUUUAGUCAGGGAGUUGCAUCAGUAAGAGCACAACCACAGGAAACCAUUAAGUUGCAUCUCAGGCGAUCACCCUUGCUUUAUGCUGACGUUUGUCCAGGAAAGAAAAGUGAUCUUAUCACUGGCUAUAACCAGAUUUUACUUGAAAAAGCAUGAUUGCUGCCUACACUACAAGCUGCCUUCCUGCAUUACUGCCUUUUGAUAAAUAUAUUUAUCACUUUGCUCUAGCUGCCUUUUGAAAAAUACAACACUAUACCAAUUAAAACUACAGUAUUUAAUCUUCAGAUUCAAUCAGGUUAAAUCAAUGUUUUACCAAGUGCCUUCACCUCAGGGCCAUUGAUUUGAAGCAGUGAACUUGAAGUUAUUUAUAUUCGUAUUAGCAGCUGAAAUUAUGUUAUACACAUAUUUUGAUAUUUCUGUUCUUUUGUUUAAUUGAACCCUGAUUUGUUGGAUUUUCAGUUUUUGGGAAGCAUUGCUUCUGCAUGGAUGACAUCUGAGACAUGAAAGCUUAUGUUUAGUUUAAAAAAAAAAAAUAGGACAAUACUACAGCUUACUGUUUGAAAUGAAAUCCUUUUGUAGAUAUAUUUAAUGGGGGGGAAGCAUAGUCGAUGCAUGAGAACAAACUACAUAAGCAUUAAAAAAAAUAACAGGAGCAUGGCAAUAUUUUUUCAAACCGCUGCUUUUCCUUUUUUAUAAUAAUUUUUUUGGACUGGGGAGAGGUUUGUUUAAAUCUGUACCUGACACUAAUUCCCUCUAGAGUGCCUUUAUUAAAACAUAACAGUUAAACCCUGAUAUAAAUUACAUAGUUCCUGAAGUAAUUAAACUGAUUAACUUGCCUUAUUACCCAUCAAAUUAUAUUCAGUUGUUGUAUCAGGGUUUGCGUACACUUGACUGUGCACUGUACCUGUAGCUAAUGUUUUCGGAUCAGGUCAAUUGCAUUAUACCAUUCACGUCUAUAAAGCUGUUGUAUAGAAACACUAGUCACAUUUUCAGACCAAUAUUUGGGUAUGUAUUUGAACUGGAAUUCAUACAGCUUUGACGUGCUUGAUUUAAAGUAAAUUGAUGUUUAAAUACAAGUCGUAUUGAUUUGUUUUAUAUGUAAAGGGAACAGCAAUAAAUGUUAUUAAUAAAGUGGGGUUUUUUUGUUUUUUUAAAGCUACAUUUCCACACAGUACAAACUCUCAUAACUCUAGUUGCAGUGUUUUGCUAAUAACAGCAAGAAAGUCAGAUUAGAAAAUGCAACACUAGAGACAGGAGACCAGUGCAAAUCCAAAACUGAACUCCUAAGACAAGACUGGGCGAGCUACAGUGUAGCACUCAGAGACGGGAUGUGCAGCAUUCAGUAUAACCUCAUUAUGUAUUUAAUUAAAUUACUUAACAAAUUAAA